AUGACAGAUGCCCACGGUGGAGGAGAAGAUGCUGCAGCCCCCGUGGUCAACCUGGACCCCUCUGACCCAGAGCUGCACUACGAGGAGGAAGGGGAUGACGAGAAGAGCGAGUCAGAGCCCUCAGACACCAGCAGUGUCUGCUCUGAUGACUCUGUCUACCCUUGCUACGAGCCAUCCCCAAGGGCUGGUGGGGAUGGGGACCUCAGCCUCUACCAGUGCUGCGCCAAGAACGAUGCCAGGUUGGUGCAGGAGAGGCUGGAGCGAGGGGUGAGCAGGAGUGAGGCCAUGGAGCUGGACAUCAACGGGAGGAAUGGGCUGAUGGUGGCCUGCUACAAGGGCUUUGUGGACAUUGUGCCCCUGCUGCAGAAGUGCCCCUACAUAAAUGUCAACCAGCAGGACAAGGACGGGAACACGGCCCUCAUGAUCGCAGCCCAGGCAGGGCACAUCACCAUCGUCAACUACCUCCUCAACUACUACCCCAUGCUGGAGGUGGACAAGAGGGACCCCCGGGGCCUGACGGCGCUGAUGAAGGCGGCGGUGCAGGGGCGGCAGGACUGCGUGGCCGCCCUGGUCCUGGCGGGAGCAGACCUGGAAGCAGCAGAUCCUGUCAAGGGGAAGACAGCCAAGGAGUGGGCAGCCUUCACCGGCCGCUUCGAGACCACCGUGCGGAUCCGGAGCCUCCUGCGGCGCCCGCGGGCCGAGCAGUUUGGCUCCCAGUACCAGCCCGAGUGGCCAGCCCUGGGAGAUCCGGUGGCCAAAGCCGUGGGUCCCAAAUCCACCAGCAAGAGGCUGUCGGAGAAGAUCCAAUCCAUGUUCACCUUCAACUUCCCCCACGACCCGGAGGAGGACGGCGUGAUGGACCACAUGGUGAGGAUGACCACCUCCCUGGCCAGCCCCUGCCUGGCCACUGCUUGCCAAACCAUCUGCCCCGACAGCCCCCCCGAGGUGGGCAAGCGCCGGUUGUCCGUCCCGGAGAUCCUGGGGGAGCACGAGCUGGAUCUGGAGGCCGAGACAGACUCCAGCUCCUGCUCCAGCAUGGCCUCUUGCAACGGCCAAGUGGUGUCAGAGAUCCGGCUCCUGCCCCCUCGCCAACCAGCCGGUGGGUUCCUGAGCUUCCUGCCCCGGCGCCUGCGCUGCGGGAACAUCAUCUUCCCGGGAGAGCCCGUCCCCAAAAUCAAAGUGAGCAAAGACUCCUGCCCACCCGCCACCUCCAAGGAGCGGCACCGGCGCAAGAGGGACAAGAACCUGCUGCAGCCACCCAAGUGGAGGUACAAGGAGCUGAAGGAGGAGAAGAAAGCGGCCAAGGAGGCGAAGAAAGAGGAGAAAAAGAAGAAAGAAGGGAAGAAGGGCUAA